AUGUCAUAUGAAAAUUCGACCGAAUUCACAACUACAAUAGCAAUAACAUCAACCAACAUCCGAAAUAGUUCUCAGGCAGUAAGUUCAGCAGUGAUUACGUUAUUGGGUAUGCAAACACCUGUGAUUAUUCUUGUGUGGUUUGAAAUUAUAUCUGCUGGCAUAGUAUAUGGAUUUGGUUUUAUCGGUAAUCUGAUUGCCUCGGUGAUCUUUCUUUCCCGAGAAGAUUUUCGAACUGUUUCAACUGGAGUAUUGUUUCUUCUCUUGACUCUUUCUAACACUGUUCAUUUAUGGACAUUAACAACCGAAUUUCUGGGCAUUUUCAAUAUUUAUGUUUAUUCAGGUGAAUUUCUUCAAUGUCGUCUGAAUUAUUUUGUUCAGAAUGUUAGUCGAACAGUGAGCACUUAUAUAUCUAUAACUGUCACACUAGAUCGAUUGAUUCGAACCGAAUAUCCUAUUAAAUCAAGACGGAUUUGUACUUGCAAAAAUGCUAUCAAAUCUACUAUUGCCUAUCUGAUUAUUUCAUCGAUUUCAUAUUCGUUUUGGUUUCACCCAUCCAAUUCAAUUAGUUCGUCUACAGGUGGUUGUACUACUGGUCUAACAUCAGCAUAUACCUUCUUUUUCAGUAACAUAUUCUUACCCCUGCGUUUUAUUUUCGUCUGCGUAGUGCCGGUAAUCAUAAUGAGUUUAGGCAAUUUUCGAAUCCUAUACAAUAUUCAACAAUCUCGCCGGCGUGUUACACAAGCGAUCGUAGAAAGUAACAUUGCAGGUGGAAAAUCAAAUCGACGAACAACAAUAUUAGAUCGACUGCUUCUUCACAUGAUGAUAAUCAACGUGUGUGCAUUCGUUAUCACACAAGUUCCAUUUCAUAUCUAUACGAUUGUACGAACAUACAGUCGAGACUUAGGUCUAGUUGAUGCUCUGUUAGUUCGGACAAUGCUCUUAGUUUGGCAGAGUAUUUAUUUCGGAAUUGGAUCAUAUUUUCAUUGCAUUGCGUCGUCUUUAUUUCGCAAAGCAUUCCGUGAAAUUAUCAAAAAAAUUCUCUUUUGUUGA